CAGGUCUGGUGGUGGUCAGUCGUGCAGUGCAGCGAAGUGAAGUGUGAUCCUUAAGCUAAGCUAAAGACUUAAAAGAAAUACUUAGAGGAAAUACUUAUGACUAUACAGACAACAACAGCAAAUCCAAAUUGUAUAUUAGAAUAGCUGCUCUGCAUUGAGAUCAGGGUAUCUCCUUAUCGGGCACUCUCACCUCUUACUUUCAAUCAUGCAUAUGCAUGAUAACAAUACCAUAUCUCUUCUUAGAGCUUUUGGAAACUUUCUCAAUCUAGCGAGAAGCCAAAUGUUUAGCAAAUGCCUCUUUCAACUAAUAACUAUACGGACAUAAAAUGAAUCAAAAUAUAUCAUUGAACGGCUAUGGGCUUUCCAAUAAACUGUUGAUCGGUAUGGGCGUCAGCCUGAUUGCUGUAGGAGGCGCCGGCUACCUGGUUUAUCGACACUUGCAUCGCGAUGUGAUGCCAUCGAAAUGGAGACGAGUCGGGAAAUUGCAACGGGUGAACGUGUUCCCAGUCAAGUCGUGUGCUCCAUUGGAGGUUGACCCCCAGCAGGAAUACGAUUGUGACGUGCUUGGCGUUGGCAUUGGAAAUGUGCGGGAUCGCAAAUUCAUGUUAGUCAAUGAUAAUAAUGAAAUGAUAACCGCCAGAGGUUAUUCGCACAUGGUAAAAAUUCAGCCAAAGGCGCUGCCUAAUGGGUUGGUGUUCAGUGCACCUGGAAUGCCCGACUUGGAACUGGAUUUCAAGCAACUGAAAACACUUUCUGAAGAUGUACACACCUCCGUUUUUGGCGUGGCAAUAGAUGUGAUGCUGUGCGGCAGCCGCUUUGACAAAUGGUUUUCACAGUUUAUCCUUAAAAAGGAUUUCGGCGUAAAGCUAGUUUACUAUCCAUAUGCAGGACCAGUUCGCAAGACUUGUCCAGAUCUGAAACAUAUGCCUUAUAUAACACAGGAAGAUUCUGGCACACUCAAUGAUGCAACCAGCUAUAUGCUCAUGAAUUUAGCUUCAGUAGAUGAUUUAAAUACUCGAUUGAAGACUCCGGUGGAUCCGUUGCAAUUCCGUGGAAACUUUGAACUGAAAAUGGAUGUCGAUGAGCCGUACAGUGAGGAUCACUGGCAGUGGAUUCGCAUUGGCAACGAUGCCGUUUUUCGUAUAGUUGCACCUUGCACCAGGUGCAUCUUUCCAAAUAUUAAUGUUCAAACGGCUGAGCGGAAUGCCGAUUGUGAGCCGCUAAAAACACUGCGCAGCUAUCGACUGUUCAACUACUCGUCUCCAGCGUUGGGUGUGCACAUGGGUCUACGGCAUCCAGGAAACGUCAAGGUUAAUGAUGUUAUUUACGUAGAAGACAAGUGAUAUUGAAGCUCUUUUACUUUUAUAAACAUUCUGCAUAAAUUCAUUUAAAUCAUAUACAUAUAAUAAAAGUAAAUAAUUCGUUUA